AUGGAACUCGAUCACCCAGACCGGCUUUUAGCUAGGAGACAGCGUUGCAGUUUAUGCCAGAGUCUGGCUGUAACUCGUGAGACAAAAGACACCAAUUCCAAGACUUCGAUUUGUCUUGAGAAUGUGUUCCCAACAUCUCUAUCCUAUGAUUGGCCGGGCAACAGAGGCAGGGGAGCGGACUCACCUCGUGAUCCGCGCAACUGGCCGCGGUUGAAGAAGAAUGCCCAAAUUUUGGUGGCUGCCUUUCAUUCUAUGAUGGGUACAUUCAUAGCAGUGGGUAUCAUCCCAGCUUUUGAUGUCUUCGCAGAACAGUACAAUGUGACAGUUCCCGCAGCCAGCUAUCUAACCUCCAUCCAGGUCCUUCCUGAUCUCGCCUCUAUUGGAAAUGGCAGUGGUGUGGUCACAGAACUGCACGAACCCGAAAAGCGCGCACAAAAGUUCGGCUGGUGGACAUUGACCACCAUCGGCACCCCGGGAGGUCCGUCCUUUAUGGGUUUCGUGAUCAAGCAUAUUGGAGUCCAGUGGAUUUUUUGGAUUUUUGCCAUUAUCAACUUUUGCCAGUUUCUGUUUUAUCUCGCGAUCGGUGAUGAAACUACCCAUAACCCAGAAAAUGAGCUCAAGAGCACUGGGGAUUUCAGUAAAAUUGUUCCGCGACAGAUCAACUCCCAUCCGUUAAGAGUUCGAGAUAUUGUGGCGCUAUUCUCUUUGGCAAAGUACCCCCGCGUUAUGAUUGUUGCAUGCGCACAUACCAUCACAUUCGCUAUGCAAACAUUGCCUUGA